AUGACUAAGUCUACGAGGAGCUCAGAAACUCUUCUCGACACUUAUCGUAAUUUUUUGAAUACAUACCAAAUACACCUCAGGGAUAUUAAUGCAACAAACAUAUUCAAUCGAUUUAAAUUGAUUCGAAGUGGCAUUAAUAAUUUACAUUUAACUGAAACGCAAGUAAAAAGUGAAAUUAGAAAGAAUAUUUCGUUGAAAGAAGAAGUAUCACAACUGGUGCGUACGCAAAGUAUACAAAUAAUACCGUACGGUCAACGACCCACCGAUUGGGGCACUGAUCCCAAAGUUAUUUAUGGAUGGGGCAAUAUUUCUUCAGUAACAAAGGUUCCAUCUGUUUAUUUAUUCAUUUUUCCAUAA